GGGACCCCACGGGGCGGAGUCGAGCGGCCUAGAGGGCUUCGCUGAUGCUGUGUGCGGCUGGCGGCCGGCACGGACCGGCCGGAAAGGGAUCCUGGUUCCCAGAACAGCCCAAGGAGGUGGCCUAGAGGGCGGACAGACAGACAGCAGAGAGGGCCAGCAUGCCCCCACUGCUGCACCCCGCCCUGCCGCUGCUCCUGGGCGCCACGCUGACCUUCCGGGCGCUCCGGCGUGCGCUCUGUCGCCUGCCCCUACCCGCCCACGUGCGUGCCGACCCCCUGCGCACCUGGCGUUGGCACAACCUGCUUGUCUCCUUCGCCCACUCUAUUGUAUCAGGGAUCUGGGCGCUGCUGUGUUUAUGGCAGACCCCUGAAAUGCUGGUGGAGAUUGAGACGGCAUGGUCGCUUUCUGGCUAUUUGCUCGUUUGCUUCUCCGCAGGGUAUUUCAUCCACGACACGGUGGACAUCGUGGUUAGUCGUCAGGCUCGAGCUUCUUGGGAAUACCUCGUCCAUCAUAUCAUGGCCAUGGGUGCCUUUUUCUCAGGCAUCUUUUGGGGCAGCUUUGUUGGUGGGGGUGUGCUGACACUACUGGUGGAGGUAAGCAACAUCUUCCUCACCAUCCGCAUGAUGAUGAAGAUCAACAACGCCCAGGAUCUCCUCCUCUAUUGGGUCAACAAGUAUGUCAACCUGGUCAUGUAUUUUCUCUUCCGCCUGGCCCCUCAGGCCUACCUCACCUGGUUUUUCUUGCGUUAUGUGGGCCAGGGGACCCAAGGCACCUUCCUGCUGGGUAUUCUCCUCCUGUUGGACAUUAUGAUUCUCAUCUACUUUUCCCGACUCCUGCGCUCUGAUUUCUGCCCUGAGCGUGUCCCCAAAGGGCAGCACAAAGACAAAUUCUUGACCGAAUGAAUGACAAGAGACCGAGACUCAGGGCAUGAACUGCAAACGUGGCCAAGAACAAAAACAGCCUCACAUGUAAACUGGGACUUAGCCCCAAGUCUGGGCAUCCUCUGAGCCUCUCCUCCUGAGCCUGCACUCACACUAUUGAAAACACUAAUGAAAGCACUCCUCUGAAGUCCUUGUCCUUUCUUGGGCAAGGGGUAAGGGAAGCAGACAGACCGGUUGGACAUAAGAUGGGUGUGUGAAGACAAGGUGGUAACAGAAAGCCAGCCACACUGCCCUGAAAUGGAUGCUAAUGAACUCUCAGAUGAUCCUUCCUCACCAGCAGACUGUGGGCAUUUGUUUCACCUACAGCCUCUUCCAGGUAUAAAGGAGUUCUCGUAAAGGUGCCUGUUCUUUGACUUCUGUGCUAAGGCAAACUAUAGUUUUUUUCUGAGUCACAAAGGUCUCUCCUGAGCUCCUGCCGCCAGGGGUUAUAACAUGUAUGGUGGAGUGAUAAGGUGAGUGUUACAAGAGGGUAAGUAGAAUAAGUCUUGCCCAAGCCCCCUUAACAACCUCAGUAUCAUAGCUGGCGUU